AUGAGCCGUGUUUUGAGAUCUAGCAUCCGGGAAAACAAAUCAGAAAACAUUACACCUAGACCAGAGCGCAAUAAAAGAGUAUUUUCUGUAUUACCCUCAGUGUCAUCCGCUAUAACAAAAACACCCACUCGACGUCUUACUCAGACAAAAAGAUUACAAUCCUUUGACACUCCUGAAGAAGUGAAUACAUCUACUGCCUCGAAGUCACCUAAGCAAGACCUAGUGCAUACGCCAGAUAAAUCCAAGACACCUGAUAUUCCAAAAGAAAUAUCUUCAACUACUGAUCGCAGCCCUUCUAGUACAGAAUGUCAAUCUCAUAUCCCCAAUAAGACCAACCAGCCUUCAUCUGACAAAGUUAAUGAUUUAAUUGUUGGGAGAAAGGAUGAAAUUAGUCGCUUAACUUCUUUAAUUCAGUCCUAUAUUGAUACAAGAAAAAGCGCAAGUUUUUAUGUCAGUGGAGCUCCGGGAACUGGAAAGACAGCUGUUGUACUACAUGUGGUUCAGAAUUUCAAUAAAGCCGGCGGAUGUGAUACUGCAAUGGUUAACUGUAUGCAGCUAACUUCAUGUACAAAUAUUUUUUCACGAAUAGCUGCAAUUUUGAAAGGUUAUGGAGAUAAAGAAAAUUAUUCUGUCACAGACGCUGCUUCUUUAGAGUGUUAUUUGAAUAAGUACUCACAAAAAAGAACCAUCAUUCUGAUUCUAGAUGAAGUAGAUCAACUGUCUACCCGUGGGCAAGAAUUACUUUACAGAAUUUUUGAAUGGCCAUCGAAACUUUCCUGUCAUAUUAUUAUCAUUGGAGUGGCAAACUCAUUAGAUUUACCAGAACGUCUAUUGCCAAAGCUGAAGUCGAAAACUUACAAACCUGUACAUAUUGUAUUUCGACCUUAUUCACGAUCUGAACUGGCAGAAAUUGUCCAAGCUCAUUUGUCUAGAACUGUGAACAACGGAUCGUGUAUGGAACCUCUUGCAAUACAACUGUGUUCUAGAAAGAUUGCUGCGUCUACAGGAGAUGCACGUACUGCACUGGAUAUAUGUCGCAGAGCCAUCGAUUUAGCUCAUCAAGAAGCACGAUUAAAAGAUAUGCCUAACAAAUUUACUCCAUUAAAUUCAGCUGUCGAUUCUCCUAGAACUCCAUCAAUACAACACAUCAGUAGAGCUUUGAAAGAAUCUCAGGUUGAUUCACCUCGGCCAGCAACACCAUUCAAUAGCAAUGGUACUACAACAACUGCUACAACAGCAAACAGUUCUGAACUACCUUUACAUCAUAAACUUUUAUUAGCCAGUUGUCUUCUGUUAAGACAACAGAAAAGUUUACGUGAAUUAUCAUUCAAUAUGCUGUAUGAAACGUAUACAACUAUUUGUAAAAAGAAAAAAAUAACAAAUUUAGAUGAAUCCGAAUUAUCUGCUGUCUGCGAUCUUCUUGAUUCGCGUGGAUUUAUUCAACUUACUGGUCCACGGUAUUCAAUUAAAGCUACACUAGGCACACCUGCACGUUUACGACGGAUACGAUUACGUCUAGAUGAUCGGGGUGUACAACAAGCACUUAUGGAUGAUCUUUUAUUAUCAUCAAUAAUGGAUAUGAAAUUGGACAAAUUGUAA